AUGACCGCGCUGUCCAUGGACAUCAGCCCUGGUUCCUCGGGCGGCUACACAGGCAGCCUGGCGGAGUUGAGCCACCGCGACUUCCAGCAGCCGGCUUACUGCGUCUUGGAGCGUCAGGUCACCAUCAUGCGCAAGCCAAUUAGCGCGGAAAAGCGCGUAGCCGUGGGAUUGUACCGCCUCUGUUCCAGCGCCGAAGAUCGUACGAUUGCACACCUGUUUGGCAUCGGCCGAUCUACUGUGAACAUUGUGUACAGAGAGUUUUGCCGAGCAGUUGUGGACAUUCAUGAAGGCACCUGGGUGCGCAUGCCACGGAAGGAGGAAAUUGCCGAGCAGAUGCGCGAGUUUCACGCCGUAACUGGUUUCCCGCAGGCCAUGGGUGCACUAGACGGCUGCCACUUUCCCAUAUCUCCGCCCAAGAAAGAUGCAGUCGACUACUAUAACUACAAGGGAUGGUACAGCAUCAUACUGCUUGCAGUUGCCGACCACCGCUACCGCUUCUUGUACUUGAACGUGGGGAGCCCGGGUAGAUGCCACGACGCCCAUGUUUACGGACGGUCAAGAUUGAAGACAAUAGUGGAGAGUGAUCACUUCAACUCUCCGGUGUCAGUAAUUGAAGGAGUGCCUGUACUACCCAUCAUGCUCUGUGACCAAGCAUUUUCGCUGACACCGCAUUUAAUGAAACCAUAUGCAAAUGCCCCAAGUGGUUCUAAGCAAGCAAUCUUCAACUACAACCUGUCAAAGUCGAGGCGCAUUGUGGAAAACGCAUUCGGCCGAGUGAAAGCACGCUUCAGGUUCAUUCUGAAGAGAAUGGAAUGCAAACUGUCCAAUGCCAAACUGGCCAUUAGGGCAUCCUGCACUUUACACAACAUCUGCGAAUGCUUUCGAGAUCAUGUGGAUGAGCAGUGGAUACAGGAUGUGUACACCUUCAACGAAAUGUACAAGCAGCCCCUGCACAAUUCUGAUGCAUGCAUUGGCGAAGGCGAGGAUAUAAGGGCUGCGCUUGCAGAGUAUUUUUGGAAACGAGCCCAAUGA